UAUGCAAAGUGGGUCGCUGCUCAUGGCCAAAAGCGUGCUGAGUUACUCCGAGGACGAGGCCGGCCUGGGGCCUAUCUGGGGCCGGCUCAUUUUUCUCAGCUGCAUGACGACUGGCGCCUUCUACGUCAUGUUUGGUCUCUUCGCGUGUCGCCGCCUCAUCGCAAAGGAUACGCGGUGGGUGUUUAUUGCGUUUCUCUACUUCGCCAUGGGUGUUUUUCACGCCUUCUUCACCCUCGCACUUCUCUGCUUUGCUAUUGCCUGUGUCUUCAAGACGUUUGGUAAGCCCAUGCUCAACGGUGAGAUGAUUCUCUACAGCGGCAUUAUGACAGUCAUCACGUUGUAUUUCGCAUGUGGCCGGAAAGCCAUCUUGUACUCUCUCUAA